AGUGAAUUUGUCGGCCAUUUGCAAAAAGCUACAGCUGUGUUUCAGACUUCACUUUAUUUUAUCAGUUUCGUAUUGUCUUUGCAUCUGUUAACUUUAUUGUUACCUACUAUUUUAUUUAAUUCGGGCUUAUCUUUUCUUUAAUUUUCAUCAUGGCUGAAAAAGUAGAAGUAAAGGCUGAAACACUGUUAGACCUUGAUGACCUAUUACAAUGCCCUGUAUGUUAUGAAAUUCCGACGGGUCAGAUAUUUCAAUGCAACGAGGGACACCAUGUCUGUGGCCGCUGCAAGAUGCGCCUAGACGUGUGCCCUGUUUGCCGAGCAUUUUUCUUUGGUACAAGAAACUAUGCUAUGGAGGAACUGAUAUCUAAUUUCAGGAAACUACGCUCAAUUAAAUCCAGCACCAAAGGUUCUGGCUCAUCAGAUAGUAGCAGCCAAGCCAAAGAAGCCAUUACUGCCGAACUUGAUGAUGAGGUUGGCGAAGAUGAGGAUAGUCAAUCAAACGCUUCAAGUCAAUCUAGACCAGCUCCGCCACAAGCCUGUAAAGGUUUGUUUCGUUGUCUUUGCUGUAAAAAUGGUAAUGCAGAACGUUUACCUGCUGCCAGACUCCUAAAUCAUCUUCGCUAUUUUCAUCGUCCUGAUCUCCUUGAGGGUCAAUCAGAAAAUGGGGAAUAUUUACAAGCUUGGCAAUUCCCUACAGUUCCUGGUAGACUAGUAACGGCAGUUCGUGUUGCUGAUAUGGGUGUAUUUUUCUUAAUUAUUGAAAUUGAUGCAGAUGACUCGUUGUACGCUUGGUUGACAAUGGCUGCCUCUCCAUGGGUAGCACAUGCUUUUAACUACACUGUUACCAUAUCUGGUAAUGACCGUGAAGCAAUAUUUUCUGACUGUGUAUGGUCCGUGAGAUCAUGUGAGGGCUCGUUGAAAAAACGAGGGCAUUGUUUAGCCGUAAAGGGUUUGGACGCAGAGGCUUUACUGGCACCUGAGACUAUAAGUGGUAAACUGUCGGUGCGCAGACUACCGGUCGACCAAUUGACGAACCAGACCCAGCCACGCGCCGUGCUUAGAGUCGCCAACCGCGGCAACACACAGAACGCGACUCGCUUUGCCGUGGCGCGCAACAUGGAGCCUUUCCUGCAAGACUUCCAAAACGACGUCGAGCGGCUGUCUCGCGUGUUCGCCGCGAUGGGUCGAGAGGCCAACACGAUCGCGCGCACCGAAGCCGAAAUCCGUUCUAUGCUCGACACUCAGUCGAAUAACGACAGGACGGCCGCGUCGUCGGAAAACGAGUCGCAGCCGGUCGUAGAGAACAAUACGGCCAACGGAGCGCAACCUCUGUCGCGCAACGCUCGCAAGCGCAUGCGGCAACGGUUGCGCGCGGCUCUGAACGCACCGCAGACCCCCGGCGAGUCGCCCGCCCCCGCGCCGCGCGGGUCGAACCCGCCGCAGAGACAGAACGGUCUAGUGCAUAAUAACCCCAUACAAGUGAUGACCGGCUUAGCGAUAGUUCAAGAGCCACCCGUGCCUCCCCCCAACUUCUCCCAGGCGUCCUCGUCCAGCGGCCCGUCCAGCGGACAGGCGCAACCCGCGGCCAACGGGAGACCCAACAGAAAGGGACGCCGCCACCGUAGAUAAAUUUACAAUUUUCAAUACUUAUUUUGAUUAAGUACUUGAAUAGUUACGAUUAUGUUACUCUAAUUUUGAGUCUCAGACGUGUUCUCUGGGGGUUUUUACUGUUAAAUGACCUUUUUAUAUUAAUGUAAAUAACUCCGUCUUUUGACACUGCAAUAUUGCAAUAAGUGCUGUGAUAAAAAUGUGCGUGUGGGAAUCAUGCAAAUUAAAUACUACUUAAGACUAAUGACAGGUUUCUGAUCAUCCCCAGAGUAAGAAAUUUGUGGUAAUACAGAUAGAUGCAUAAUAUUUAAAUUGAAUGUUAUGAAACUAAUUACUUUAGUUAGGAUGAAAUUCAUGAAUGUAUGAAAAUUUAAUUGGUUUAUGUACUUUUUAUUAUGUUAUAUGACAUUGACGUUAUAAUAUGAAUAAGUAUAGAAUUAAAUUAGGAAUAAAUUGA